UGUGACACUGAUGGAUGCGCCAAUGGUUAGACGGACAGAUGCUUGGGCGGAUCUAACGGCAUGCACACACGAGUGAGAUCGGGCAAAAACAUCCCGGAUCCGUGAAAGACUGCUCUUCCCUUUCAAUCUGCCCAUGUGAGCUCGGCGCGCGGACAGUGAAGAGAUUCUGGACAUUCUAGUUUUAUUGAACGCUACGACUCCCAGUUGCCCCCUUCCGAGGGCUCGAUGCGCUUCUCUUUGCGGUCAGAUGUGAGAGGAGACAGCACGAUCGCGAGGCGAAGACGCGGAGUUUAGUGGAAGAGGCAGUGUCUGACAACUCACCCUCAGCUAGUAAACAGAGAGGACACAGUUCCCAUCUCCCCCUCUCAUCCAAUACGGACAACUUCGCCCUUUCUCCACUACAAAGAGUUCACACUUUACGCUUGCAAAACCGAAAAAAGAAAAACCUCUCUCUUUAUAACACUGAUUUUUUUUGUUAGUAGUAGGUGCCAUGAUGAUGGACAUAUCUGGAAAAUGUUGAUCUUACCGUCUUAAAAAGUCCAUUCUGUGAAGAAAGUGUUUGAUAAAGGAUUUUCGGAAGUGACAUUACUGGAGAGCGCGAGAGGAAGACGCGUCUGCUUCGCCAGUUGCUGUUUUUAAAUAGCCUACCUGCUACGAGCCCCACAAAGAAGGCUAAAAAGUGCUAUUAGCGGUCAAGAAAGUGUUUGGCAAUAGCUCAGUGAUCCAUGCUCUCGCAGCAGCAGCAGCUGAGGCGCAGCCCGAGUCCAUCCCCUCCUUCUGAUGUGCGUUAUUACAAGCAGGAAUACCCAAUCAAACACCUAUCGCAUCGAUUCUCUCCGCGGAUUCCCAACGCGCGCGGACAAAAUAAGCAAACGAGGCAGCGCGCGGGCGACAAGUCCGUCCAUCUCCUCCUUCAAGCUUUUUGUCUUUUCCCCGGUUUGUUUAUUAUAAAAGAGAUGGACGUUUGAAAGGCGGUGGGCACUUGGAGUCUUUGGGAUUUUCACAGAAAGCUAUCGGCGACAGCUACGCGAUUUUUUUGUUUUGUUUUAUUUUUUGGCUUUUCAAAUUGUAUGCGAUUACUCUGACCGGAUUCCUCAUGGAUAACACGUUUAUUCAAGCGACCGACUUGCCUGUUGCAGCUUCCAGCGCGGAGUGAGUGAGAAUCGCACUGAGGCACGAGCGGGUUUCCUCCCCACUGUAACGGCUCGACUCUCCGUCAUAUCCAAAAGACGCGCGGAGGGAAAGAGAAAGAGGAAAGAGAGAGGGGGAAAAUCUCGCUUCGUCUUCAUCCUCUUCAGAUCUAGCCGUCUGAUUUUGGGGUUUGAAAACUGCCGAUACAUGUCAGGCGUGUGAAAGCGCCCCAGGUGCCGUGUAUCAGAGCAGAAGCGGAGCAGCUCUCGGGAUCUCAGGGCUCCUGAAAAAAAAGAAAAAAAAAAAAAACCUGAAAGAGAAACAUGCCGCGGAGGAAACAGCAAGCGCCCCGGCGCUCGGCAGCAUAUGUGCCAGACGAGCUAAAGGAGGCUGCCUUACUAGAUGAGGAUGUUGAAGGAGAGGAUUCAGCUGUGGAGGAGGAACCUGCCAUGAAGUAUGUGUGCCAGGACAAGGACUUACUCCUUAAAGACAGGCAAGGCUUCCAUGACUCUCCACCAGCGGAUUUCUCCAGCCAUGACAUGGACAGCGAGUCACACCUGAGUGAGUCCAGUGACCGAAUGUCAGACUUUGAGAGUGCCUCAGUGAAGAACGAAGAAGAUAGUUCAGCCAAGGAGCCCCUCACAUCUCUUUCUUCAACUUCAUCAGUGAUGAUGACGACAACAGCCACGCCAAGCAGUGAGGAGGUGACACAAUUAGGCCCAGACAGCCUGGAGCAGAUGAAAGCUAUCUACACUAGCUUCCUGACCAACUCCUACUGGUCAUCGCUGAACUUGAAUAUGUCUCAGCAAACAGCAGAAAAGCCCCCACGUAGUCACAGUAGUAGCAGCAGCAGUAGUAGCAGCAGCAGUAGCUGUGGUAGUGGUGGUUACGACUGGCACCAGACAGCAGUGGCUAAGACCUUGCAGAAUGUUUCACAGAACCAGAGUAGACUGAUGCACCCAGCAUCUGAGCCAAACCUCUUCAGUACUGUGCAGCUUUAUCGGCAGAGCACCAAACUCUACGGUUCCAUCUUCACUGGUGCAAGCAAAUUCCGCUGCAAAGACUGCAGUGCCGCCUAUGACACUCUGGUCGAGCUCACCGUGCACAUGAAUGAGACCGGCCACUACCGAGAUGAUAACCAUGAGACAGACAGUGAAGGUGCCAAGCGUUGGUCAAAGCCUCGCAAGCGUUCCCUGCUGGAGAUGGAAGGAAAAGAGGAUGCCCAGAAAGUUCUUAAGUGCAUGUACUGUGGUCAUUCCUUUGAGUCACUGCAGGACCUUAGUGUUCACAUGAUCAAGACGAAACACUACCAGAAAGUGCCUCUUAAGGAACCAGUAACUCCUGUGGCAGCCAAGAUUAUCUCCUCAGCUCGUAAAAGAGCUCCCAUUGAGCUAGAAAUACCCAGCUCACCAGAUUCCAAUGGUGGCACCCCCAAGCCUUCUUUGUCUGACCCCAACGACCUUCUUCAAAAGACCCCCAAUCCCUACAUCACACCCAACAAUCGGUAUGGACACCAGAAUGGUGCUAGUUAUGCAUGGCAGUUUGAGUCACGGAAAUCCCAAAUCCUGAAGUGCAUGGAGUGUGGAAGCUCGCAUGACACACUGCAGGAGCUGACGGCCCAUAUGAUGGUGACAGGACACUUCAUCAAGGUCACUAACUCUGCCAUAAAGAAAGGCAAACCUAUCAUGGAGUCGAUGUCCACAACGGCUCCUAACACCAUACCUACUAAUGAAGACAAGGUACAGUCAGUGCCACUGGCUGCCACCGCAUUUUCCCCACCACCACCUGCACCUCCUCCCCCUAGUAUCUCCCCUGCCAUCACACCCAUGGAGAUUAAAAAGGAGGAGAAGGAAGUGGAGUGUACCAAGGAGACAAAUAAUAGCAAAGACAAGAAGGCAACAGACAGUGAGACCGACGAGAAGUUUGAAGUCUCAUCGAAAUAUCCAUAUUUGACAGAGGAAGAUCUUGAAGAAAGCCCUAAGGGGGGGUUUGACAUUCUGAAGUCUCUCGAGAAUACAGUAACAUCUGCCAUCAACAAAGCACAGAAUGGCACACCCAGCUGGGGAGGCUACCCCAGUAUUCACGCUGCCUACCAGCUUCCAAACAUUAUGAAACUGUCCCUGCGCAACUCAGGGAAAAGUUCUCCGCUGAAGUAUAUGUUUUCUGGAGAAGAGAUCCUGUCUCCAACCAAAUGCCAACCUCUAAUUUCUCCACCUAGUUGCCAAACAUCCCCUUUGCCCAAAAACAACUUCCAUGCCAUGGAGGAGCUAGUCAAAAAAGUCACAGAAAAAGUGGCCAAAGUAGAGGAGAAGAUGAGGGAUCCUGGAGCUAGAUCUUCUCCACUUAGACGGACCACACCCUCCCCUUGCAGUAGCGAUGCAGGGGAAUCUGCCAGAGGGGAGUCCCCCAAGGAAAGGAGAGGAGCCAAAACCCCUGAGACUAAUGGGGGCGGAAACACUCACAAAGACUCAAACGGUGAUGCACUUACAAAAGAGUCCCUGGAGAAUGGUACUGACCAUGCUGCCAAAACCCCUGUGUCUACCCUAUGCAGCAGCACUGCUAUUAUAACCGACCAUCCUCCAGAGCAGCCAUUUGUCAACCCUUUAAGUGCGCUUCAGUCUGUCAUGAAUGUUCACCUAGGAAAAGCUGCCAAACCUGCCCUGCCGUCCCUUGACCCCAUGAGCAUGCUCUUUAAGAUGAGCAACAGCCUGGCAGAGAAGGCAGCUGUAGCUGCCUCCACUCCAUCUCAGACCAAAAAAACCAACGAGCAUCUAGACCGCUACUUCUACCACAUCAACAAUGACCAGCCUAUUGAUCUGACCAAAGGCAAGAGCGAUAAGAGCAACUCCCUGGGAUCUGCUGCCCUGUCCUCCUCCACCUCCACUCCCACCUCAAUUUCACCAUCAUCGACCAUCACCAUGGCAAAAGCCUCAUCUGCUGUGGCUUCCUUCAUGUCCAACUCGCCUCUGCGCGAAAAUGCCCUGUCCGAUAUCUCUGAUAUGCUACGUAACCUCACAGAGAGUCAUGCAUCCAAGUCCUCCACACCAACAAGUCUUUCAGAGCGCUCAGAUAUAGACGGAUCGACGCCGGAGGAAGCAGACGAGAUUUCUCCCGCUCAGAAACGAAAGGGUCGGCAGUCCAACUGGAAUCCACAACAUCUACUUAUCUUGCAGGCACAGUUUGCCUCCAGUUUGCGGCAAACGGGUGAUGGCAAGUACAUUAUGUCGGACCUCAGUCCACAGGAGCGCAUGCAUAUUUCCCGCUUCACUGGCCUCUCAAUGACCACCAUCAGCCACUGGCUGGCCAACGUCAAAUACCAGCUGAGGCGGACAGGUGGCACAAAGUUCUUGAAAAAUCUAGACUCUGGCCACCCUGUCUUCUUCUGCAGUGACUGUGCAUCACAGAUCCGUUCCCCCUCUACCUAUGUCAGCCAUCUUGAGUCACAUCUGGGCUUCCGGCUCAGGGACCUGGCCAAGUUGUCUGGAGAGCAUCUCGUUAGCCAGAUCUCACGCCAUAGCAAGGGGCUUUCUGAGAAACUGCUUUCAACCCAAGCGCAUUCUUUGGCCCAUUCAAUCCCCAACCCCAGUCCUCACUCACUCACCCCCUCCCCUUCCCCGGAUGAGGAGGCAAAUGGCACCUCAUAUCAGUGUAAACUGUGUAACCGGACUUUUGCCAGCAAGCACGCUGUCAAGCUCCAUCUGAGUAAGACCCAUGGUAAAUCCCCUGAGGACCAUCUUAUGUAUGUUAGUGAACUUGAGAAACCUUAGCGAUGGCCAAGGACAAAAACUGUCUCUCAUCUCUUUAUUUCCUGUCCUUUUUUCAAGCCUUCUGACUAACAUUUCUUAAGGAAAAAAAAAAUAUUAAAAGAACUGAAAGUAAUUAACGAAGAACUAACUGCACAUAGAUGCCAGAAAACUACUGUUUAGUUUUGGCACAUCAUUUGGAGUUUUCCUCUGGGGAACACUCAUUUGGCCCUAGAGACAUUAAUUUUCUGCAUUUUUAGUUCACAAUGGAAAACAGAGAAAAUGAUGACAAAUGAUUUUCUAACUGUGCAGUGCUGAGUGAAGAGGUCACUGGUAAAAUAUGAAGGUAAAUAAAAAGACUUAAAAUGAAGUUGUAUGUAUUUGAAAGUUGUGUAAAUUGAAUUUUUUUGGCAUCCUUGAGAUGUAGUAAGCUGCAUGCAUUAAUGAAAUGGUUUAGUUCAAUGUUUGAUAACAACUAAAUCUGGGCUUUUCUUUAUCUCUCGCUUUACUUCUCUCAUUUUUUCCCUCUUUUUUCUUUUUUUUUUUUUUUUUUUUUUAAUGUGACCUAAGUAUGCUGGUGUCAGCAGAAAAAUUUAACCCUCUGAGUACGCCUAAAUACUUCUAUAUUUACAACCCCCCAAAAGUAAACAAAAAUAUAUGUAUAAAAAAGAGAGAAAUUAAGAGAUUGGAAAUCACCGAGUUUGUAUGUAUUCGAGUGGGUAAAUUCAAGGGUAUUUUGACUAUAUACUAAAAAUCACCUUGUCUGAUGGAUCACCUCUUACACAGCUUGCAGUGCAGAAAUAUAUGUGAAUCCAAAAUAGCAGUUUUUUAGUUUGCUCAAAUCAGGGGCCUUUAUGAAUUCAGGUCAGUGUAAAAAUGUGUACAUAAAAACAUAAACUAAUUUCUGUCUAAAUUAUGCAUCAUUUUAUAUUUUUUAAUUUAAGAUGAGUAUGACUAUCUACUGGUGCACAAUAUAUGAAGACAUUAAUUAAAUUGUUUUGCACAAUAGUUUUAUAAAUAUGUUAUUUAAUCAGAAGAUAUGAAAAUGAGAAGAAGAAAAAAAUAAUCACCCUAAAGUUUUAUUUCCAACUCGUGCUCAAAGGGUUAAAACUUCUUGUACAAGACAGUACUUGUUCCAUCAUUUCACUUAAAUGGUUGUAUAAAAAGAUGCUACUUUAUAAUGUAAGGAGGAAUUCCACAAUGUAACCUUUUAUUUAUAAACACUCUUGGUUGUUGUUUCAUAUUGUAGAAUGCCUUUUUGAUUGGUAUCUUUUAUUUUGUUGUUCUGUCUAAUUAUUCCUCCAUAAAACCACACUGCAGCUUCAUCAUUUUUGGGGAUAUGAAAGGUAACCAUGGUUACCUUACCUCCAAUUGACAGUUCUGCUACAUUUUGGCAGUUAAUUUACUGAAGUAACUGACAGCUGCCAGUGAAUGGAAAUCUUAUGUGUAAAAUAUUGGCAUGUUAACAGCACAGGCACUGUUAUGCAUUCUGUGCUGUGUUUCUUUUUUUGUUGUUGUUGACAAUGAAGCACUCAUUAUAUGACUUCAUAUAACCUUUUUUCUACUGCAGCAUUAAAUUGAAAUUGUUUUGGUUUUUUGCAAUAACUUGAUGUGUCGUGGCUCACAAUUCUGUCGGGCGCCGGGGGAUAAGAAAUGAGCAGAUUAAAGAGAACUGCUGUCAGUUAAAUAGCAUUCGACAAGUGUGUGAAAGACGUUUGUGUGGCAGUAGGGGUAGACCACCGGACCUCUGACAGGUAUGAGCAUAUUAAAAUCCACCAGGUGGCUUGUGUGUGUGUGCACAAGCAUAGACCUCUGCUACUGGUCUCCCAAAUAUUAAGUGUUUAUCUCUUAUGCGGCAGACUUUAGUGGUGUCAUAUAUUUUUGGCAGAUCUAUCCCAUCACUCCUCUCAUCUAAUUCCCUGCCUGGUGACACAUCGACUCACAACGUCUCCUAAUAUGGUUUAACUAGGGAAGCAUCAGGCAGCGUGAAGAGCGAUGCGCCUUUCCCUCUCUACAAAGGAAUGUAACAGAUAAUUGCUCUGGCAUUAACUGUCUCUUUUUCACCAUUUUCACUGUUGUAAUUAGCUCAGGUUCCCAUUUUGCAGGGACAAAUUUGUUUGGGCCUCAUCCAGGAUGACAACAGAAUCGCAUUUAGAGUAUGACUACAAAAUUCUGCUUUGGCAUAGACUGCACUCAAAGAAUAUGUAAAUGACAUACUGUAUAUGCUGAUUCCCAGCUUGGUGUUUGUGUAUGUGAGGGAGAAAGAGAGAGAGAGAGAGAACCUUUGUGAACAGAUCAGUGGAAGUAGGGGCACGUAUAAGAUAAUAUCUCAUAAUGGUGGGACACUUUCUCAAAAAUGGUUUACUGUUUAGUUACCGAAUAUGUUCCUCGUCAGAACUGUCAGAGAGCAUUCAGCAUGCACACACACACACACACACACACACAUUCAAAGACGUCAGGAGCCAGGUAGAGGGGACAUCAUGUGUGGUGACAAGGUGCUGCUGUGUGUGAAAAUGUCAGCCUUCACAGGCUUCCCUGAAGUCUGGCGCCAUAUUUAAGGUGCUCAUUAGUCGCAAAGAAAAUGUGCAUGGAAUUGAAGUGUAAGAAAGCCAUUUUCUCUCCUCUCUCCCAGCCUGGUAAGCCACAAAACUAGGGGUUAUUAAGUUUGAAAACAACUACACAUGGAGACAUUUAACUAUUAAGAAAUGCCUACACACUCCCACACAUGCAAAUAAACAAUAUCCCACUCCUCCCCAAUGCUAAUGCCAUCUUUUUAAAGCAACUUGAGCUGCGCACAGGACACCGCAUGUGCCGGAUCACUGUUGCAUUUGAAUUUGACCCACUUCACGACGGGGAGUAAACAAAUUGUAAACAGGCACACACAUGCACAGCCAAAGGUAUGUUUGUGUAGAAAAGGCCUACAUAAUUGCUUUGUGUCUAAAUACCCCAACAAUGAGUAUAUUUCCCAGGAUGUGAGGAGCGUAAUUGGUCUGUACACAUAAUCUGCUCAGAAUGAGAGGUUUACGUGUGCGGGAGUGAACUGCACAUUGGAGGCUUUAUCUCUGUUGCGCUGUUACAAAAGGCCAGAGUGUCUAAAGCUCAGUGAAACUCUUGAAGCAGCCCUCUCCAACACAAAUGAAUGCUGUGUUGUAAUGCUAUUGAGCUACUGAGGGACUUUAUGUAUUGCUGGACUUUUCAGAUAAACGAAAUUGCGGAUUAUGCACGCCGGCAACGGAAAUGUAUCUGUGUUUGCGCUAUCACACACAAACACACGCAGAGCGUUUCAGUAGGCCUUUACAAUAAGUGGGCACCGGCAUGUCCCGCCAUAGCAAAUUACAAUGAUGCAGGCGAUGCGCAUCCGCUACUCAACAAUCAGGCCUGAUUGAUUCACUGCUGAGCUGACCCAAGGCUUCACUUUGUCUGUGGACGCCUUUGAGGCGAGCUGUCUCUCUUAACCUGUGUAAUUUACAUGCACUGUAAUUCACUCACCAUCUGCAGUCUCACCUUGGAAGCACUUCCCAUUACAAAUGCUAAUUUAGAGCACCUUGUAAAUUCAUUCAAUCACACGUUUAUGCGUAGACAAUCUACACACACGGAUGAGAAAAAAGCAGAUAUUAGCAAAAAAAAAAAAAAAAAAAUCUCCUUUAAAUCAUGGGCGUGUCCCAAUGACCCCAACAUUACCCCAAGUAGUAAUGGAGAGAGAGAGAAGGGGAGGCGUCGUUGCGUUUUGUAAUGCACCGCCAUAGAUCUUCAAGCUGUCACGUUCCCAAAGUAUCUUAAAAUAAUGAGUGUGAUGAAUGUGUGAUUUCCCUAAUUUACGGGGCCUUGGUGUGCUCCCGGCUACUUGCAGGAUAGAAAUCUUAAAUGGGGCUUGAACGGUUCUUUUCACAACAAGAAAUCAAUACGCUGCGCAUCUUAGGGAACUAGGAGUUAGAGAGAGUUUAAUGCUCACUUAAAAGCUUUAAACACACACCUGUAGUCUCAGGACCAUCACACAUACGUGGUCGUGUGUGUGUGUUUGUCAUUUAUACCACUUGUCUCCGAGAGCCGGUUGGCUGUCAGUGGCUCAGUAAGAUGACAAAGGGCAUAAUGGCGUUGUGCAGCAGUGUGCCAUUACAAAUGUGAUCACCAAUCACUCGAGACACAACACACUCCACGCAGGAAGAGGUAAUAAGGUCUCAGUGAGCGCGCACACUCACUCCCUCCCAACCCGCUCACAUUCCCACAUGGGCCUGCGUGUCUAUGAGACAAACAUACCGGGGGGAAGAAUUAUCUACAGUGCAAAAGCAGUUAGUUGCUACAAUACAGAUGCACACAUACGCCUCAGUAUUCAUCACAAACGGCAGGCGUUAAAGCCCACCAACA